AUCAUAUGUGACUUCUUAGUGCUGAGAUAAUCAUGUUUGCUUUAAAAUGCAUUAUUUGGUUUCCAAAUAGCAGCAAUUUAAUUAAAGUACUUGAAAAGACUGUCAUGUAAAGCUUUGUAGAAAAUAUGUGUCUACUGAUCAUUUGAUGACCCUAUGCACUCCUUUAACUCAAGUUAAGUGAACUCAUUAGUUAUUUAAAUAAUGCUUUUACAAAAGGCUAUUUAGAUGGACUGAAUAAACUUAAAAAAAAAACAACUUUUCACUGCCACCUUUGUGUUCACAUGUCACUUUGACAUUGUUCUGUUACAAUCUUUGAUUCAAAUUUUUACAAACAAAUCAAAAUGUUAAUACAGUGGUGGAGUGAUAUCAUAUAGGUUUGGACAAGAAAUCAGAAAUCUGCUGCAACUGGGGAGAGUGUGUGUUGUCAUUGUAAGAAACAGCCCUGUCAAAUCCUAAUAACUUACACAUAAUGGACAGAUAAGUAAUUUGAUUUAUAAAGCUUGUACUGUAUUUAAGCAUUAAUGACUGCUCUGUUGGUCCUUAGGUGUCAGAUAAUGUCCUGUGGGGGUGGUUGGGCACAAAGCCCAAAGGUCUGAGGUCCCUCAACAAACCACAGAUCAUUAUCUGACAUUUAGGGACCAACACGGAGGUCAUUAACACUGUUAGAAUAUUUGGUGAACAUUUUUUUUUCUGUAUUGUUUUAAAAGAGGUUCUAAACUGUUUAAUCAUCCGUGCUUUAUUAGAAUGUUGCAGAACAACAGAACAAUGCAUAAGAUGACAGCGAGUUACACAUAUCUGAAGCAACUUAAAGACUUUGCACAUUUGUGUUUUUGCUAUGUUAAAUACAGUUAAAUACAAACCUUAAAUACAAUUUUGCUUUCACUUAAGAAUGUGCAAAGUAAACAAACACUGAUAGCUGUGUUAUGAUUGCCAGCCCCUUGUAUUCAGGAAAAGCCCUCACACUGGACGCGUGGACAUUUGAUUUUAAACAAACAUUUUCAAAUACAUUUAAGCUACAGUAUCAGAUUCCAAAUCAUUGGAAUUUAAUCAAAGUGACACCGCAUAGCCAGAUACAGGUAAAUCAAAGGCCCAGAAGACACAAUGACUGCUACGAGUGACCUAAAGGAGAGUUCUGGUGAGGAAAAUACCACAAGAAGAUGCAGAAAGAACCCGUUUUACAGUAUAAAGUUUUUCUUGUUCUGUCAUGGGCUACUUCAGCUUGCUCAGCUACUGGUCUCGGGAUAUCUCAAAAGCACCAUUUCAACUAUUGAGAAAAGAUAUGGACUCUCCAGCCAAACCUCAGGGAUGCUGACUUCUUUUAAUGAGGUUGGCAACACUGUACUGAUAGUGUUUGUCAGUUUCUUUGGCAGCAGAGUACACAGACCUCGCUUCAUUGGAAUAGGAGCAUUGAUUGCCAGCUUGGCUGGAUUCCUGAUGGCCUCAGCACACCUAAUAACUAGCCCCUAUGAAUAUGAUCACUCUAUUGCAAAUCAUCAGGAUAACAACACUGAUAUAUGCCAGUUGAGUCCAUUGACCUCACAGUUCAGUAUGAAGCCUUCGGAAGACAAUGCCCAUGAGCACAAGAGCAUCCUGGCCCUCAUGUUUAUCGGUCAGCUCCUGUUAGGAAUUGGUGGAGUGCCUAUCCAACCGUUUGGAAUCUCCUACAUUGAUGACUAUGCCAGUGAAAGGAAUUCUCCACUGUAUAUUGGUCUGUUGUUUGCCAUAACCACCACUGGACCAGCUCUGGCAUUUAUGUUGGGAUCUGCCAUGUUGCGCUUCUAUGUAGAUAUAGACAAGGUUUCUCGUGACAGCAUUGACAUAACUACUAGUGAUCCCCGUUGGGUGGGAGCUUGGUGGCUUGGUUUCCUAGUUUCUGCCAGUUUUCUUGCAGUUACUUGCAUUCCUUAUUUCUUCUUCCCAAGAGAGAUGCCAAAAGAGGGAAGUGAAUUGAGAACAUCUGAAAAUAAAACAAAGAAAGGACUAAUGAAAGAUGGGAAAACUAAGGCAGAUUUACUAAAAGACCUCACUCUGUUGGAAUUCAUCAAAAGUUUCCCUAGAAUUUUGCUGAGGACCUUGAGGAGCCCCAUUUUUCUACUGGUGGUAUUGGCUGAAGUUAAUUUGUCUGCUAUGGUUGCUGGACUAGCUACAUUCAUGGCCAAGUUUCUGGAAAGGCAAUUUACUGUCACAGCAUCUUUUGCAAACUUAUUGAUUGGAGGUGUAAAUAUCCCCAUAGCUGUUGUAGGAAUUGUCACUGGUGGUGCAAUCAUGAAGAGGCUGCAUUUGUCGCUGAAGCGCGCAGCUUUGAUGAGUACAGUUUCACUUUUUAUCUGCGUUUUGUUGGCCACCCCUUUGCUCUUCAUUGGAUGCUCCACUCAGAAAGUUGCUGGACUCAAUACUGAAUAUUCAAAUGGGUAUCUUGAUAAUAAUACACCAGAAUGCAUCAGUAGUUGUUCUUGCCGGGCGGAGGCUUUCAAUCCUGUGUGUGGUUCAGACGGAGUUGAGUACAGUUCUCCAUGUCAUGCUGGCUGUAGAAACGUUACCCUUGAAACUAUGGAGAAGACCAAGGAACCAAAAGUCUUGACCUACACAGACUGCAGUUGCAUCUCUACAGAUCCUUCCAACGCCACUGCUGCUCCAGGCCAAUGUGGCAGCAGCUGCUCCCACCUUCUCUUACCCUUUAUGGUGUUAUCAGCCUUGGCAGGCUUCGUUGCGUCUUUCUCACACACUCCCUCCUUUAUAAUGGUAUUACGGUCAGUUCCCCCAGAAGACAAAUCCCUCGCACUGGGAAUUCAGUUCAUGAUACUGAGAGUUCUUGCUUGGAUGCCAGGGCCGGUUCUGUUUGGCAGCGCUAUUGACACGGCAUGUAUUUCCUGGGAGACCAAAUAUAACAAGAAGGCUUCCUGCAGAUAUUAUGACAAUGAUCUUUUCAGACAAAGAUACCUCGGCCUGCAGCUCCUGUUCGAAUGUGGUGCCUUCUUCUGUUUUCUGAUGGUUUUCAUAAUCCUGUCAAAGCUGGAGACAGAACGAGAGGGGAAGAAAAAUCCUGAAAUGUGUAAAGUCACUGAGCAGCUGGUUCUGGACAAAUCCAGUAACUCCUCUGUGUGAUGAAAUCUUACAGCAGAAAACAGUUGGUAUUUAAGAAUGAUUUAAUUUCUCUGAAGCCAACCAGCCCCAAAUAAUAGAACAGAAAAAAUUGUUUUGGAUGGCUGUGUAUCUUGUUGAACUAUUGGAUCAUUGUGUCUGAACCAGGACUUGCAACCCUGAAGAAUUGCCUAUGAACAACUUAAGCAAGUGCAUUUAAAAAGGCAUUUAGGGAGAGCAUGAAAUUAGGUCAUAUUUUUAUGCUUCACAAUUAUGUUUAAAAAUAACUAAAAACUGGUAAGGCUAUGUGGUCCAGUGGUUAAAGAAAAGGGUUUGUAACCAGGAGGUCCCCAGUUCAAAUCCCAUCUCAGCCACUUAACCUCCUUGUGCUCCGUCUUUCGGGUGAGAUGUAAUUGUAAGUGACUCUGCAGCUGAUGCAUUGUUUACACACCUUAGUCUCUGUAAGUCGCCUUGGAUAAAGGCAUCUGCUAAAUAAAAUAAUAACAAUAAAGCAGUAGCUUUGGCACCAUAUUCAAGUGCAAUGCUUUUUGAGGUUCAAAUGUAUUAAAAAAUCUACUUUCUAAUUGAAACAAGUCAGGUAACUACGUGACAUGAACAGGAUAAGCAAAUAUGGUGUUUAUUCCAGUUUUAACUCCUGUUUUUUGAAAGGAGAAAUGUAUUUUUUUCUACAGCCUUACUUAUAUAAAGUAUAGUGGAAUUAAUAGACGCUUUGGCAUUUUUUAAAUUUUAAUCUAAAUCAUGGCUGCUCUUGGUUCAGCAAUCAAGAUACAGACAGCAUAUAUCUCUCUUUGCUGGUAUGUAGCUCUAAUGGGAUGCUCUCUGCAUUGCAGACGUUUCUGAAAUGGAAUGUUGCUGGUGAUAUUCUUCCACAAAUAUAUCAGCUGUGCUUCAAUAAGACUGGGGAAUGAGACGGAUAUAUCAACAAAUACUGUGCAUGUUUUGCCUGUUUACACAUUGGGCUGUAUAUGUGUCUGCAUAGAUGAAUGAAAGUUAAAUAUGAAUGAACUAUAAUUAAGCACACCUAAAUGUAGAGUAUAUUUUUAUUAGUAUAUUUUUUGCAAUUUAUUUGCUUUUUAUACACUGUGACAUAAAUUAACUCUUUAUUACUGUAGCACAUGGUUUUAUGUUUUAGGAUGACAUUGAUUUAAUGGAAAAUUGUCUGUCAUCAUAUGGUCAAAUGGUGUGUACUAGGACCUCAUCAUUUGGCGAGUUAUUGAUUAGCAUCAGGCCAGUGUCACUACAAGAAGAGUGCUGCUAAUGCUGUGAAACAUAUAUUAACCUGAGCAUUUAAGGGCACUAUCUAUCAAGACUUGCUGAGCCAGCUGACCCUGAUGAAGAUAUCGUAUCUAUGCACCUUUAAAGCUGAAUUUUAUAUGCUUUAAGAUGAAUACCUGAGUUUCUAAACAAUUAGUUUCAACUGAUGUGUAUCAGAACCCAGGUUCUCAUUGAUAUAAUCUGAAGUUUACAAUCCCUUCCAUAUAUAUUCCUUUUCAUUGAUAUUAUUGAUAUAGUCUCGAGUUGAUCGUCGUCUGUUUUAGUAGAUGCCUGCUACAGUGGUCCCCUACAAGCUAUGACGUGUGGUGGUUGUGCUAGCCAGGUUUCAUUACUUAUGGUUAAUAGUCUUUCUGCAGCAUGAAGUGAUUUAUACCUGUCACAUAGUUUCAAAACAAAAUUAUUUUAAGUGCUUUUCCAUGUAUCCCUCAGGCAUACAAGGUUCAGCUUAGUGGACAGACGUAGAUACUUCGUUAAGGAUAUAUGCUGUACAAUAUUUUACAAAUAUAUUUGAAUGCUUUCAGAUUUAAGCAAAUUCCAGUUAGGGAAUUAAAUCAGGGCACAACACAUUUUUAACAUCUGAAACGUUUUCAGAAUGUCUGUAUUCAAUUCUGUGGUGGCUCUUAUCAUGUUAGGUAACAACCAAAGAUUUUGGACUAAAAGCUAUACCUGCCUUUUAUAGUUUUUUUUUCUUUCUUUUUGUUUCUAGUCAUUAUGACUAGUUCUGAGUUCUGUUGCUCUAAUUUCGGGAUUUAUAUUGUUCUCUCUUGUUCAAUCUGACAGCCAUCUUGCUUGCAGGCCUUUUUUGGCAAGUAUUUGUUGCUUCCAGGUCCUUCAUAAAUGAUGUGAUAUUGUGGCUUUUCAACUCUGUGUCUAUGAUAUACCACACAGUGGUAUUCACUGGGGGCUUUCUGUAUUUCUAGGGAAGAGGUUUAGUCCACUAUGUUAACCCUUUUGGCUAAACAGUACUUUAUAGACCAAGCCCACCUUUCACAAAAUAUUCUCAAAGUCUUUCUUCUGCUCCUCCCCACCACCUCCUUUGCAAAUGUAUCUCCUUUCUGGGGGUCACCUGGCAUUGUUUGACCUCAAUUGAGGGAAUCUCUGUCAGAUAGUGAGGUUCUGGUCCAAAUAGUCUAAUCAUCCCGCAAUACGUUUUAUACCGCAUCUAGCAAUGCUGUUUCUUUCAUUUCAUUUGUUUUGUACAUUAAAAAUAUGGUGGCCAGUAUUUACAUACUAAAAUUUAAAUGAGAAAGUAAAAAUGAGAAGAAUGCCACAUCAAGAAAAUAUUUUAAAACUUCGAGAAACAGUAAAGGUUAAAAAAUACACACAUAUAUGGAAAUCAUUCAGGGUACCACAAUAAGUAUUUUCAAAACUAACUAGACUAAUGUUAGUAGUACUUUUCGAAUAAGCUUUUUUCCAAAUGUAAUGCUGAGAGUUUAGAUUGUGUUUGGUAUGUAUUAUUAAUGUAAACAGACAAAGGAAAUGUCCCUCUAAAUCACUACUCCCUUAUUCGGAUAUCUUUUUUCAUCCUCAGACUCAAGCUACAUAUCUACCGGAAUCUAUGCUGAUUGGUCAAAGCUUUGUCUACUGUAACUGAAUCAUACAGCUGUAAAUACUUUUAGUAUUAAUAGUUAUAAAACAACCUAGAAAUUGUUUAGUAUGAAAGUAAAGAAAUAGCAUUAAACAUUGAACUGUUUAUUUGGGUAUAACAGUAGGAACACAUUAAGCUGUACUUACUGUAUAUAUUGUAUGUUGUAUUUGCUUUUGUAAUAACCCUAGAAAAAUGUGUUUUGUCAUUCUCUUUUGAAUUUCAAACACUGAUCUGUAAGAUGUUAGUUCUUUGCAUGAAAUGAAUCACAGUUCCCAACUACCCCUGUGAGGAUGUAAGAACAAUUACUGGCAGUUAAUCACUGGAAGGAUAAUCCACUUCUGGAAAAUGAAUGUGAAGUGUAUUUUUUUUACCUAUUGUUUGAGCCAUUGUAUAUUUUUCACUGUUUUCUUGUUGCAUAAUAAAGAAGUGCACACAUAUAUUAACAGUCAUAAAAGUAAUAAUACUAAUAAUAAAAAGAUAAGAAAUAUUA